AUGAAGUCUCGAAUCCGAAGAACUUCUGCUUCAAUAGAUGUAACCCAUUGUGAACAAAGCGGUUCCGAUGAAGCCCUUCACGCUAACAAUUCAAAGAGUCUCGAUGUCUGUGUGUCUGAGAGUCGUAUCGAUCGGAUGCGGAAACUCCUGUCGUCACCACUGCUGAGACGAAAACCCAAUUAUCACAAAACCGUUACUCAAGUCUCGCAGUCCGAGUCCAAAGUGUUUGGCGUACCUCUGGAUGUGUUAUCUCACUCGACGUCCAACGCAAAUGAAGAUCCUUUCAUACCUUACGUCGUCACCCGUUUGUGUCAUUUCAUCGAAAACUCCGGAGGACUCCUACAGGAGGGGCUCUUCCGGAUCAGUGGCAACGCAAAGAUGAUCGAGAAAUUGAAGCAUUCGUUUGAUACGACCGGAGACGCAAACCUCGAGACCGAUGGCGACAUCCCUUCGGCAUCGGCUCUGUUGAAGUUGUUUCUGCGAGAACUGCCGCAACCGCUCAUUCCAGACACUCCACUCUUCUUGGAAGCCACUAAAGAUUAUGAAACGGAUGAACAGAAAUGCGUUCAUAAUCUGCGGGCUUUGGUCUCGAGGCUGUCCGACGAAAACUAUUAUACACUCAAGUAUUUGUCAUCUUUUCUAAACCGAAUCGCUCUCCAGAAGGAGAACCGCAUGACAUCCGCCAACUUAGGCAUUGUGUUCGCGCCCAAUAUGUUUAGGGUUAGCGUCGAAACCUAUAAAGGACUCCGAGACCAGUCAAAGGCCAAUGAAGUGGUUUCACUGUUCAUCACGAAUUUCAUUGAGAUAUUUGGUGCUGACUUAACGGACAAUGCUUUUCAAUCCAUGUCUCCCCUGACCGUUGAGAUACCAAACCUGGGUCUCAGCGAUUCCCAGAACUCUGACGAAAAUCCAUUUGAAAUGGAAAUUCCGGCUCUUCUUCUUCACAAUACAAAUCAAGACUGUCUUCUAAACCGAAAACGCAAAGAAAGUAAAUGUGUGUCCAGUGUGUCGACCCCUCCAUUGCGCUCCAACUCUGAAGAAACGCUAUUUGACUCAAAAGACAAAGACAUGCGUCGAUGCAGUAGUGAUGAGAAUGUGUUGAAUAAUGAAUUCAUGACUGCUGUGAACAAAUUUGAAAACUUGAAUUUUGUCAGCACUUCGAGUCCACACCCGCCAGAAGCCAAACGCAGAGAAUUGGAGAGCGAGAGGAAUGAGAGGUCAGCCCUUCAUGAGAGACAGUCAAGUGUGCAAAACAGUGAGUUUGAUGACAACGCGCGACACAUUGAGAGCAAUGAAUUGAAUUCAAAUGCGAAACAGAGUUCUUUGGACGAAAUAAUUGAUAAUAUUUGUCAAGACUUUAAUGAAAACUUUGACUCUUCGAAGGAGAAUCUCAAUCAUGAAAACGAGAAUCAAAGUAACGUUGUGUUCAAAACUUGUCAAACAUUACAAACUAGUGAUGACCGGAAUAGUCGACCUCUGCUUGAGAUUACUCCCAUUGAAAACCUCAAUAACAACAAUAAUACUAAUAAUAAUAAUAAUCAUAAUAGCAAUCAAGGAAUGGAUCUCAAAGAAAAGAUUCCUCACUUAGACUUCAAGACAUUAUUUUCAAGUUGGGAAACAAAUGAGCCGAUCCUGUCUGAGCACCGGUACAGUUGGCCCCGAACUUCGCACGAGACAGAGGGCGUGGCAGUGCCCGACCACUCGGCCCCUAAUACUUCAAAUAAUGUCUCGCAGUUCUUGAAGAAAGCCGUCUCAUAUGAGGCGCCGCUGUCUCCCAGUGCUUACAGAACUUAUUUAAGUAACCGAAACAUCCAAUUGGAUCCAACGGUGCCCCCAACGCCUCCCAACGAACAGAUGAAGUUCUUCAGGACACCCAUACGUGACGCCAAACACAACGAGACCAUCAACACAAGCAUUCGCUCGAUAACUAAGAAAAUUCAAACCAUUAAAAAGAAAUUAAAACAUUUUGAACACGAAUUCGAGAGGGAAAAGGGCUUUCGGCCGUCACUCGAGCAUAAGAUGUCGUGCCCUGAAGUGAGGGCACAACUCAUCGAAAUGAAUGAACUGAAGAAAGAUCUCAAGGAAUUCAAAGACGACUUAUUUAUGGACGUAAUGGACAAACAUAACGGCAUUCCAUUGGAGGCCAAAGAGUUCAAUUGCAAUAAGUCUUUGAUUAAUAUCAGCGAAACCAUCAAAGAAAUGGAGAGAUGUAUCGAAGAGAAGCGCAAACAAGCGAAUAGACCCGAAAUUCUGGACCAAAUGUCAACGGAGGAGAUCCAGGAGGAGAAACUCACGCUUCAGAAGUCAUUGCUUCGGUUCGAGGCUCUGUUCGGUCGGCCGACUACUAAAGCCGAGCGCGAGAUUGUCCGCCCACUCUAUGACAGAUACCGAAUAGUGAAGCGAAUGGUCGCUAAAACAGUACCAAAAGGCAGCAAAGAGUCCGCAGAAUUACAGCCCAUAUUAGAGCACAUUGCGAUGGACUUCAUCUCUCCCUCCCAUUCCAAGAGUGAGGCCAUCGUCUCCCUGAGUGAGCCCACCAGCGAACUACCCGCCGGUGCUAUCGAUGAAAAUGACAUUUCAACCAAUAGUUCAAAAUCAAGUGUCAAAGACUCGAAGAAUAUUCACUUUCAGAGCAAUAAUUUGCACGAAAUGUCGUUAACAGAACUGAACCAACUGUUGGCCGAAACACGCGUUCAGAAGAAGAAUUUGAGAACUGUUUUAAGAGAUUUUGAAAAUGAAUUCUUCAAAAUAAUGGGACGAAAAGUGGAAAAGGAGGACAAAGUGAAUAUGGGAUCCGUUUAUUCCAAUUAUAAG